ACGGGACGCCAGCCAGAAGCACGGGCGGCUCCGGGCUCUGGGGCUCCGCGGUCCGGAGGGCACCAUGGACGACAAGGAGUUAAUCGAGUACUUAAGUCUCAGAUGAAAGAAGAUCCUGACAGGGCCUUGGCCCGUGGCUGCCAUAGGGACUCUGCUGGUCUGCUGGAGUUCUUGAAGCGGGAUACAGGGGAGACGAUCCAGGGCCUGAGAGCGAAUCUUACCAGAGCCAUUGAAACCCUGUGCGGCGUGGACUCCUCCGUGGCCGUGUCCUUGGGCCGGGAGCUCUUCCUGCGCUUCGUCAGCCUCGUGCCCCUGGAAUACUCGGAUUACUCCAAGUGUAAAAAGAUCAUGAUUGAGCGGGGAGAGCUUUUUCUCAGGAGAAUAUCACUGGCGAGAAGUAAAAUUGCAGAUCUGUGCCACACUUUCAUCAAAGACAGGGCCGUCCCCGUGGUCCUGGACGCCGCUGUUGGCUACCUCAUGGAGAAGGUGGACCUUGUCAUAGUGGGUGCGGAGGGCGUUGUUGAAAAUGGAGGCGUUAUUAACAAGAUUGGAACCAACCAGGUGGCCGAGUGCGCCAAAGCACAGAACAGGCCCUUCUACGUGGUGGCGGAGAGUUUCACGUUCGUCUGGCUCUUCCCACUAAACCAGCAAGACGUCCCAGACAAGUUUAAGGACAAGGCGGACACGCUGAGGUCUGUGCAGACUGGACAGGAUCUCAGAGAGGAGCACCCGUGGGUCGACUACACCGCCCCUCCCCGCGCCCCUUGAUCAUACUGCUGUUUACAGACC